AUGUGCAUCAAACACCCAAGAAGUGGAAGCAGGCUUCAAAUAUACACGGAAUCCACCCAGGACAAACACAAGGUGCAAGAUAACGAACCGGGCUGCACAGUCGGCCCACAGUUCCAGCACUGCUGUGAGAAUAUCAUUGGAGCUGAAGCACGCAGGCAGUUGAAGCAGAGGCUGAAGCACCAACGAGAGGUAAGAAUAGGAGAAACAGAAACAAUUUUGUUUCUAUUUCGACAAUCUCGCAGUCGGAUCCGUUCAGACCUCUCGUCUUGGGUGCUCUUGGAGUUGGUCUUGUCCGUCUUGUAUGCUGAAAGGCUCAGAUCAUGGGCACGUUUCCCUCCCCCACUUGGACCAGGGCCUGACUCUCUCUCACACUGCAGUGCAGUAGUGCAGGGCAGUAGUGCAGGGCAGGGCAGGGCAGCAGAACUCUGUCCCCAGCAAGCAGCGUUCUCCACAGUUGCUAGUUCGAAGUGGAUUUUUAUUUAA